GGAGCUCAGCUCAGAGAAACGGCUCAGAGAAACGAAGGGAACUUCGCCUGUGUUCCCAUGGCUAUGGCUAGCACCUUCAUACCAGGGCUGAACCCUCAGAACCCUCAUUAUAUCCCAGGGUACACUGGACACUGCCCGCUACUUCGGUUCAGCAUGGGCCAGACCUAUGGGCAGAUGACUGGGCAGCUACUUCGCGGCUCUCCUGGCCUAGCCCGGCCCCCGUCCCACCGCACACUUCUGCCUCCCAUCCGGCCUCCAAGAUCUCCCGAGGGUCCCAGGAAAAGCCUGCCUGUCAGGCGUGGACACGAAAGGCUCAGCUCCAGCAUGAUCCCUGGGUACACAGGUAUGUACCCAGGUAUGAACAGGUACCCCCAUCCCAGAACAUGGGUCCCACACACUAACAAAUCGUCCUUGCCCCCUGCCUACCUAGGUUUUGUACCCCAGGCACAGUUCAUCUUUGCCAAGAACAGCAGCCGGGUCUGGGCUGAGGCUCUGAAUGAUUUCACUCAGUGGUAUGGGCGACAGAGGAGUCAGGAGCUGCCAAAGGAGGCCAAGGGAGAGAAAGACGUGGAGAAAGACCAAGAGCCAAAGCUGGAGGCAGAGCUAGAGACGGAAAAGGAGCCAGAGCUGGGGCAGGAGGCGGAACAAAAGGCUUCCCCUUAUUCCAUGGAUGACAGAGAUCCUCGCAAGUUCUUCAUGCCAGGCUUCACUGGUUAUGUGCCCCGUGCUCGCUUCCUCUUCGGUUCCAGCUUUCCUGUGCUCAGCAACCAGGCACUGCAGGAAUUUGGACAGAUGAAGUCAGGGGUCAGAUCCCAGAAGGAUCCUAAACAUCUCCCCUCACUUUCCAGGACCUACCCUCAGAACCUGGGCCUUGUACCUAAAUACGGGGGCUAUGUGCCAGGGUAUAAAUUCCAGUUUGGCUGCACAUAUGGGCAUCUCACCCAUGAUGCUCUGGGCCUCAGCACCAUCCAGAAGCAGCUCCUGGCGUAG